GAUGUGGCAUCGCGUGUAUUUCCGUAAGCCAAUGGAAGCCAAAUGGGAAUCGUCGGACUCUGAUUUUGCGGUAAUUUAUCAUAUAUUUAGCAUAUUUUAACGACAGACACAUGUGAAAACUAUUUGAAAAUCUGAACGAAAUAGAAGAAGUCAUCAACGUUUCGUACGUGACACAAGCUCUCGCUUGGUCAUUUUCGUCAUUUUACCGUAACGGCCUACGUAGAAGCGCAUUCAUAGUAAACGGAUGCUUUGGCUGUUGGUGUUGUGGCGAGAUGCCAAUGUUCUGAAGUUUCUCCAAGUGCUGGUCAACUCUGCGUUCGAAUGAACCAACUGGCGAAGAUGGCGAGGCGCUCGAACCGUGCCUCGUCCCGGUCCAGCCGAGAAAUGACCAAAUACUCCCGACACGUCGCCGUGUUCCGUCUGACAUUUUGCCUGCUUCUGCUGUCCACCGUGGCGGAGGCCGGGUUAUACACGACGUCCGAUCAAAUUGUUGCUAUAUCCCUGGACAAUUACAAGUCUGUUUUGGUCAACUCUAGCUCUGCUAUUGUGGUGGAGUUCUACGCAUCGUGGUGUGGACAUUGCAUCGCCUUCUCGCCAGUUUAUAAACGACUGGCGAGAGACAUUAAAGAGUGGAAGCCUGCUGUUGAUUUGGCAGCCAUCGACUGUGCUGAUGAGAAUAACAGGAAGGUCUGCUCAAACUUCAGUAUCACUGGAUAUCCAACCUUGAAGUUCUUCCAUGCCUUUGGCCGGAAGGAUUCUACUGGACAGCGUAUUAAAGGUGUACUCCAUGAUGUCCAAGCACUCCGUCAUGAAAUCAUAGAUCUAAUGGAAAAACAAGACCCAUGGCCUCCAGCCUGUCCCCCACUUGAGCCCACCAGCCAAGCUGAAAUCGACAUCUUCUUGGAAACUAACAACGUUCGUCACCUCGCCCUGAUCUUUGAGAACGUUAGCUCCUACAUUGGCAGAGAGGUGAUCUUGGACUUGUUGCAAUUUGAGAAUAUUGCAGUGCGGAGAGUCCUGAGCACUGAGGAUGACCUCGUAACCAAAUUGGGGGUGACUGAGUUCCCCUCCUGCUACCUUUAUUAUCCUGGAGGCAACUAUACCAGGCUGAAAGUCAACAUUGAGGCCCGUACUUUCUACUUGUAUGCCCUUCAGGGGCUUCCAGGUGUGGUGCGUUCAGGGAAAUCUGCGCCAGCCACCAGAGACAACACAAGCAAAUCCAUAGAGGAAGUCUGGAGACCUCAUAACAGGUCCAGAGUGUACAUGGCCGACCUAGAGUCGACACUGCAUUACUCGCUUCGGGUGGAGCUAGCUGCUCAUCCUGUCUUCACAGGAGAGGCACUGACUUCUCUCAGGAACUACAUCUCGGUCUUGGCAAAGUACUUCCCAGGCCGCCCCAUACUGAUGAACCUGUUAAAGUCCCUCAGUUUAUGGUUAGACAACCAAACUGGUGACCAAGUUUCAUAUCAAGCGUUCAGUGAGAUCUUGGAAAAUUCUGUACAGGUUCCAGAUGCCGCCUUGCCUGAGGGGGUGAGGUGGGUAAGUUGCCAGGGGUCACAACCCCACCUCAGACGUUACCCAUGUGGCAUGUGGACUCUUUUCCACCUGCUCACAAUACAGGCUAAGAAGUUUGGUGGCUCAGAUCCCAAAGAGGUGCUGAACGCGAUGACUGGCUACAUUAGCAAUUUCUUCGGCUGCAGACCAUGCGCUGAACACUUUGAGAACAUGGCCAAGGAGAGCCUAACAGAGGCCAAAACCUUCACUGACUCCAUCCUGUGGCUUUGGUCCCGACACAAUCGCGUCAACAACAGAAUAGCAGGCGCUUUAAGCGAGGACCCCAAAUUUCCAAAGAUCCAGUGGCCUCCACCUGACUUGUGUGCAGACUGCCACACGGUGAAGGACAACGGGGAGCACAAGUGGAAUACGCAGCAGGUUCUGCUCUUCCUUCAGAAAUACUACUCUGCGGAAGGCAUCCUCACAGACUACCUGGAGGACGAAAGUGAGGUUCUGGCCAAGCAGAAGCUGAAACACGCUAGCUUGCUGCAAACAGAGGCUCAGAAGCGCAUCGAAAGGGAAGCUUUAGAGAAGGCGAACGCUCCCAAUAUUGCUGCUCAGAAGGAAGAGGAGGAAGUGGCAGACGAAGAUGAAGAAGCCGGUAAGGCCCUCGAGCCUGACGGCGAUCGACGACAGAUGAUCCGGCGGCCGAGCAUCGUGGGGAUGAAGCCGCGAGAAGUGCGGGAGGACAUCGUGGACCUGGACUCCGUUGUCAACCGGCACUUCAAGGCCAAAGCUGCGCAAGUGGCCACGUCCAGCCGGGUUAAGCGACGCACCCUGCAGAGGAACCGGGAGGAACGAGACUCCAGGCUGGGUGCGGUGCUCAUUGACCCGAACGUGGCUUCUGACGAACGAGAUUUAUCAGACGACGGCGGGUUGGCCCGGAGAGCCCGCUGGAUGUCCAUGCUAAGCAUCGGCUUCUCUAAAGUAGACGUCAGCUUGUGCGUCAUCCUCUAUUUCAUGUCGUCCACGUGUCUCCUCGCCAUGUACAUCUUCUUUAAAACACGCCUGCGUCUACGGCGGGCCAAAGUGUCACUGCCCUGAUCCGGUUGUGAGACACAAUUGGUGCAUAUGAAUGUUUAUUUUCAUCAGCGGAGCUGGUGUGAAUGAAGGAGAACAUUUUUUUUCUUUUUGUCGUGGACAUUUUACUGCUGUGAUUCUGUCAUAUUUUUUUAAAUUAGAAAAAAGAUAUUCCUUAGUUUUAUGAUUUGACUGCGAUUGACGGCGAUAGACAUCUAAUCCAUUUUUCCUGGGAAAGGCCUCCCAGUUAGAAUGAAUUGGGCGUCUAUUGAUGUCAAUGAGUAUUUUAUUCUGUCUGAAGUUAUAAAAGUAUAUAUUUGUUUGAAUCUGAAAUCCUUGCCACUGUUCUUGAAUUACAAAUUGAUACGCAGUUAAAGUGAGUACUUUUUUAUUCCACAAGUAAACUGCAUGGCAAACUGUAAGCGCUCAAAUCAUGAUCCAUUUGUCUUGCAGUGCCUACAUACAUACGUCACAUCUGAGAUGGUUACGUCGCAAUUCUGAGUCGUCAACAUGGAUGCUGUAUUUGUGAAGGUGAAGCAGUCAAUGUUUGGCAUUGUUACCGUAUUAUUCGGAAUAUAAGUCACACCUGAGGAUUGAUUUAACAGAACUCCAAAACAGAAAUUGAAUUGGCGCCUGAAUUUAUAUUCAACAAAUACAGGUAGUCCCCGGGUUGGGACGUAGUAACUGACUUAAGUGAUUUGGACUUUAUGACGCCUGAGAGUCCGGCAUUUAGUCUCCAGUCGUUUUUUUGUUUUGUUUUUUGUUUUGUUUUUUUCAGUCCCGUAAACAAUACCUUGUUGCCGUUCUUCACGUCAGGAUCCCCUCCUCCCCUGAGCAGCGCCGUUGCCGUCCUGCAGUUGCUUUCGACCGGGAGAACCGCCUUCAGAUCCCAUUUACUUGUUCUCCUGAGGCUACUGCUGCUUUCAACCUGGCGCUGACUCCUCUUGCGAGUCCCGAG